CGCAAAAAUGGGUCGCGCGGAAAGGAAGGCGGAAGCGCGAGAGGAAAUUCUUCGGCGGGAGCAAUACCGAGACCGGCUGAGGCGGGUGUGUCUGAUCCUGCGAAAGCCGGCCGCCGACAGAAGCCCAGAGGAAAGCGAGUUGCUGGAGAAAUGUGGGGACCUGGUGCACGAAUCGGAGAGACGGAAGUUGCACAGCGAAAGGCGGCGCCACCGGGAACAGGAGGUGUUGGAUGAUAAAGAUUUGCUAAGGGAAAAAGUUCUUCAGUUGGCAGGUGCCAUUCGUGCAGCAGAACAUCUUGUUAUCUACACAGGAGCUGGGGUUAGCACGGCUGCUGCUAUUCCAGAUUAUCGGGGGCCAAGUGGUGUGUGGACUCUUCUGAACAAGGGCAGGACUGUAAAUGCAGGGGAUCUAAGUGAAGCCCAGCCUACUUUUACACACAUGUGUAUUGUGCGGUUACACAGUGCAGGGAUGGUCCACCAUGUUGUGUCACAAAAUUGUGAUGGGCUGCACCUUCGGAGUGGAUUACCAAGAGAAGCCAUCUCUGAAGUUCAUGGGAAUAUGUUCAUUGAGGUCUGUACGUUAUGUUCUCCACAAAAAGAGUAUGUGAGAGUGUUUGAUGUAACAGAACGCACUGCUCUUCACAAGCACAACACAGGACGCUUUUGUCACAAUUGCAGAGCUGAAUUAAGAGACUCCAUUGUUCACUUUGGAGAGCGGGGGAAGUUGACACAGCCAUUAAACUGGGAAGGGGCAGUGCAAGCAGCUGAGAAAGCUGAUGUAAUACUGUGUCUUGGGUCAAGUCUAAAGGUCCUGAAGAAGUACAGUUGCCUCUGGGGUAUGAAUAGGGCUCGUGCACGUCGGCCAAAACUCUAUAUUGUGAACUUACAGUGGACACCUAAGGAUUCAGUAGCUACCCUUAAGAUUAAUGGAAAAUGUGAUGAUGUUAUGCAGAUCUUGAUGGAGGAACUGAACCUAAAUGCUCCACCUUAUGACAGGUCUCAGGAUCCAAUAUUUUCCUUGGCUGUCCCAUUGCACCCCGGUGAGGAACACGGCCACACCCGAAGGCCUAUAAAGACUGCAGAGUCACACAACAUAAUACCUGAGCAGUUGCAGCCACUAACUGAGCAGCCGGUAAGUGGUGGCUGGUUUGGUAAGGGAUACACCAAGGGUCGAAGGAUGAGAAGAUGAUGGAUCACCAGUUCUUCCCUCAGUAAACUUGCACAUCUGCACUAUGUAUGACUGUUUGCACAUACUAAACAAAAUUAAGCUGUAUAAAAUGGUCUUAAAGUUAUUCUAUUUUCCUAGUGUCCUUUUUUAAUUGCAAAUAUUGAGUAAACGUGGUAAAAUCUAUAAAAGGCUACGCCGAAAAGAGAAGUGUGUUCAAAUACACGCAUCACCUAUGGGCAGAAUAAUAAGGAUUAUUAUGGCACUUUGAUGCUUAAAAUUAUGAUAAUAUAAAGGAGCCAAGUCUUUGUACUGUAUUUUAUGUAAGCAAAUGCAAAACUGUGGGCAUAUAACUGCAAUUCACGGCGGUUCUUGCUACAAUACAUCUUACUAAUAGCACCAAUGUAUCCAUUCUGCCUAUGAGGAAUCGUGCAAAGUGGGGUGUCCCUCCUGCUAAACGAGUAAUUUGUUUAUGUAAUUUUUCAAUCGUGUCUUAUGCAGUGCAUCAGUCUGAUUUGAGUGUUGGUGGUAUGUACACUAUAUGCAUGGAAUUGUCAAGAAUGUCAUAGUACUCUGUGUAUGUAACUAGGGACCCAAGCCCAAACUAUGGAAAGCAGAUACAGAGUCUUCCUCAUCCAAACAUUACCAUCAGUGUUAUUUAUUUAGGCAGGUAUCUUUAUCCCAAACUUUUCUGUUACACUGCCAGAUAUUGAAAUGCAAUUUUAUCACUCCAGAGUGCACAUAUCACUGCACAUGGUGAAGUUCUUUUUGUUUGCCUCUGAUCCCAUAAAAAUCCCACCUUCCCUAUAAUUAGUUCUUGUGUCGACAUUGCUGCUGGAGACAGAGUGGAAACAGUGUUCAAGGUGAGGAUGUCAUUUUUAGAUGAAGUAUGGUCAUAUAUUGUAUGUUUACAUUGUGAUGGUAAUUAUAACUGUGCACAGGUCAGAUCUUACCUUAAAGGGGAUCUAAGCCUAAUUAAAAAAUUUUAAAUAAAC